CGUUACGACGUUAAUCAAACCGACGUCUAACACAUGGCAAUGGCAAAUGCCAAAUAGUAUUAUAAUUAUAAUACUCACACGACAACAUGACAUUAUUAACCUUUUUCCUGUGUGUUCCGUUCACGGGUGUAUGGACAGAGUACAGGCUGUGGUGGUUGAGUUGAGGGUAACGACGAUCGACGAAUUUUAACAAAAAAAGUUUAACAGGCCUUCGAUAACUAGUACGUCUUUUGAAGCAAAUCGAUAGGUUGUUCGGACGUUAAAAUCCUCAUUGUCGUCCACCGCGUUCCGCGACGGAGAGCGUCGUUUACGUUUAUUAUAAACGUCCAUUCACGUUUAUGCACUUUGUGUUGAAUUCUCUUUCUACGUUAUGACUAAUGAAGCGCGGAACAAUCUGAUUCUGGCCAUGAACGACCCGUCGAACGUGCUCUAUUCUGACGAUUUCGUCGUGAUCAUUGCUGACCAAUUCCCAAAAUCUAAACAUCACUAUUUAGUUAUGCCCAAGGAAGACUUGCUGGACGUUCGAUCGCUCAAAAAAGACCACAUACCUAAACUCAUUUACAUGGAAUUUAAAGGGCUGGAAUAUGUAAUGUUUAGGACUGGACUAAUGGCACAAGAUUUACAAGUUGGAUACCAUGCUUUUACAUCUAUGAAUCGAUUACACUUGCAUGUGUUGAGUAAAGAUUUUUGUGGCAGAGAUAUGAAGCAGAAUCACCAGUGGAAUUCAUUUAAUACAGAAUUCUUCAUACCUACUCACAAAAUAAUUUCUGAAUUACAAACUAUGGGACAUAUAUUAUUGCCAUCCAAUAAGAAAUUUUUGCAUCAACCACUUCAAUGCAAUAAAUGUGAUUACUUAACUAAUGAUAUUAAACAAUUAAAAUCACAUUUGAAGUUGAUUCACAAUCUUCCCAAAUUAUUUGAUAUUUAACUUUUAAGUUGUACUUGAGUAUUGAUAUAUAUA